CCGUCGAGACAUGCUGGAGCGGAUGGCUCGUGUCGAGCUCAGGUGCUUCCAGGGGGGCGCCAGGAACCAGUCUGCAUCCCCCUCCUCUUCAGCACGCCAUGCGGUUUGCGCUUCUCUGUGGAUGUGAGGACCUCCACUAGGGAUGUUUUUACAAGAGGACAAUCCUACCCGGAGAUGAUUUUAUGCUUUUUUAAAAAAAAAAAAUUUUUUUUGAGGUGGGGAUGAAGGACAGAUUUGAGCAGGAUCUCCAGGGGAACAUCCCGACCCCGAGCACAAAAGCUAAUUGACAACCAGGAGGAGGUGUGCCAUCCACCUCCAUUAAAAAAAAGGAAAUCAUCAGGAGUGGGUGGAGAAGAUCCCUCAGCAGCACUGUUCUCGCCCACCUGUGUGGAUUAAGCGGCAGACGGCAUGGCGCACGCCGCCUCGCAGCUGAAGAAGAAGGCGGACGAAAACCUUGUGGCGGCCGAGGAAGAGCGGGAGAAGGAGCGUAAGCGGGCCAGGAGGAGGCAACGAGGAGGAGACGUGAAGAAAAAGACGGACGUGAAUGCUUGUUACCUACGAGCAGCUCGCGCCGGCAACUUGGAGAAAGCGUUGGACUACUUGAAGAAUGGCGUGGACAUCAACAUUUGUAAUCAGAAUGGUCUCAACGCGCUACACUUGGCUUCCAAAGAGGGCCAUGUGGAGGUGGUGGCCGAGCUCCUUCAGCAGGGAGCCAACGUGGAUGCUGCCACCAAGAAAGGCAACACGGCGCUGCACAUUGCGUCUCUCGCCGGCCAAAUGGAAGUGGUGAAAGAAUUGGUGACGCACAACGCUAACAUCAACGCGCAGUCGCAGAAUGGCUUCACGCCACUGUACAUGGCGGCGCAGGAGAAUCACCUGGAAGUGGUGCACUACUUGCUGGAACACGGCUCCAGUCAGAGCAUCGCCACCGAGGAUGGUUUCACUCCGCUAGCGGUGGCGCUGCAGCAGGGCCACGACCAGGUGGUGUCCCUGCUCCUGGAGAACGACACCAAGGGCAAGGUGCGCCUCCCCGCGCUUCACAUCGCCGCCAGGAAGGACGACACCAAGGCCGCCGCCCUUCUUCUGCAGAGUGACCACAACGCCGACGUGGAGUCGAAGAUGAUGGUGAAUAGAACAACAGAGAGCGGCUUCACGCCUCUCCACAUCGCCGCUCACUACGGCAACAUCAACGUGGCCACGCUGCUGCUCAACAGAGGCGCCGCCGUGGACUUCAAGGCACGGAAUGACAUCACGCCACUGCACGUGGCCUCCAAGCGUGGGAACGGCAACAUGGUGCGCCUCUUAGUGGAGCGAGGAGCCAAGAUAGAUGCACGGACUAAGGACGGCCUGACGCCGCUACACUGCGGAGCCCGCAGCGGCCAUGAGCAGGUGGUGGAGAUGUUGCUCAGCAGAAGCGCUCCCAUUCUCUCCAAGACCAAGAACGGUCUGUCGCCGCUCCACAUGGCGACCCAAGGCGACCACCUCAACUGCGUGCAGCUGCUCCUGCACCACGACGCACCCGUGGACGACGUGACCAACGACUACCUGACGGCGCUGCACGUCGCCGCCCACUGCGGGCACUACAAGGUGGCCAAAGUCAUCGUGGACAAAAAAGCCAACCCCAAUGCCAAGGCUCUGAAUGGUUUCACGCCGCUGCACAUCGCCUGCAAGAAGAACCGGGUCAAGGUGAUGGAGCUCCUGCUCAAGCACGGCGCCUCCAUACAGGCUGUCACUGAGUCGGGCCUGACUCCCAUCCACGUCGCGGCGUUCAUGGGACACGAAAACAUCGUCCACCAGCUCAUCAACCACGGCGCCUCACCUAACACCAGCAAUGUGAGAGGGGAGACUGCGCUUCACAUGGCUGCAAGGGCGGGACAAUCCAACGUGGUGCGCUAUUUGGUCCAGAACGGCGCACGAGUCGAUGCCAAGGCCAAGGACGAGCAGACUCCGCUUCACAUCACGAGUCGUCUGGGCAAGCUGGACAUCGUCCAACUGCUGCUCGCCAACGGGGCGUCGCCCGACACCACCACCAGCUCCGGGUACACGCCCCUCCACCUGGCCGCCCGGGAAGGUCACCGAGAGGUGGCGGCGACGCUGCUGGACCAAGGAGCCAGUCUGGGCAUCACUACAAAGAAGGGCUUCACUCCGCUGCACGUGGCGGCAAAAUACGGCAAGCUGGAGGUGGCCAACCUCCUGCUGCAAAAGAACGCCGCGGCGGAUGCCGCAGGCAAGAGUGGACUAACUCCACUGCAUGUGGCUGCGCACUACGAUAACCAGAAGGUGGCGCUGCUGUUGCUCAAGCAGGGAGCUUCACCGCAUGCCUCGGCCAAGAACGGCUACACGCCGCUGCACAUCGCUUCUAAGAAGAACCAGCUGGAGAUCGCCACCACGCUGCUGGAGUACGGCGCGUCCACCAACAGCGUGACGCGGCAGGGCAUCACACCGCUGCACCUAGCCUCGCAGGAGGGCAACGUGGACGUCGUGACGCUUCUACUGGCGCGGGACGCUUCGGUCAACGCCGGCAACAAGUACGGCUUGACCCCGCUCCAUCUGGCUGCCCAGGAGGAUAAAGUCAACGUGGCUGAGGUUUUGGUCAACCAUGGAGCCACCAUAGACCCUGAGACCAAGUUGGGUUACACUCCUCUCCACGUGGCCUGUCACUACGGCAACGUAAAGAUGGUCCACUUCCUGUUGAAAAACCAGGCCAAGGUCAACGGUAAAACCAAGAACGGCUACACUGCGCUUCAUCAAGCCGCCCAGCAGGGACACACACACAUUAUCAAUCUGCUGCUGCAUCAUGAAGCGUCGCCCAAUGAGCUCACCACGAAUGGGAAUAGUGCUCUGUCCAUUGCCAGAAGGUUGGGCUACAUCUCCGUGGUGGACACCCUGAAAGUGGUCACAGAGGAGACGCUGACCACGCAGACGGUCACCGAGAAGCACAAGAUGAACGUUCCAGAGACCAUGAACGAGGUGCUGGACAUGUCCGACGAUGACGCCUGUAAGGCCAAUGCUCCCGAAAUGAUCACAGAGGACUAUUUGUCCGAUGUUGAUGAAGAGAUGGAUUGCGAAAGCAUCUGCAUCAGCUAUUCGUGCGACGACGCCAUGACGGGGGAUACGGAUAAAUACCUGGCGCCGCAGGACCUUCGGGAGCUUGGCGACGACUCGCUGCCGCAGGAGGGUUACAUGGGGUUCAGCGUGGGCGCACGCUCGCAGAGUCCUAAAGUCAGCCUGCGUUCCUUCAGUUCUGACAGGUCCAACGCGCUCAACCGCAGCUCCUUCACGAGGGACAGCAUGAUGAUUGAAGAGAUGUUGGCGCCCAGUAAAGAAAUGAUGCUCUGUAAGGAAAAAUCGUUCAUUGUAGAACACAACAAGCGUUUGGCGAUGGCUAAAGACGGCGACAGCGACUCGCUGAAGAGAUACAGCUGGACGCCGGACGCCACGGACAACGUCAAUCUGGUCUCCUCGCCGGUCCACUCCGGUUUUUCCUCCCCGCUCCCGCAAUACGACAGCAGGUUCCUGGUGAGCUUCAUGGUGGACGCCCGCGGCGGAUCCAUGCGAGGCAGCCGCCACAACGGAAUGCGCAUCAUCAUCCCGCCCAGGAAGUGCACGGCGCCCACGCGCAUCACCUGCCGCCUGGUCAAGCGGCACAAGCUAGCGUCGCCGCCCCCCAUGGUGGAGGGGGAAGGUCUGGCUAGCCGGCUGGUGGAGGUGGGCCCGGCAGGAGCGCACUUCCUGGGGCCGGUGAUCGUGGAGAUCCCCCACUUUGGUUCCAUGCGAGGACAAGAACGAGAACUGAUCCUUCUGCGAAGCGAGAACGGAGAAACCUGGAAGGAGCAUCUGUACGACUGCAAGACCGAGGAGCUCCGCCAGCUCCUCAACGGCAUGGAUGAAGAACUGGACAGUGCAGAGGAGUUGCAAAGGAAGAGGAUCUGCCGCAUCAUCACCAAAGAUUUCCCACAGUACUUUGCCGUGGUGUCCCGCAUCAGACAGGAAACGCAUCAGAUGGGACCCGAGGGCGGGACUGUGUGCAGCCGGAGCGUCCUAUUGGUUCAGGCCUCCUUCCCCGAGGGGGCGCUUACCAAAAAGAUCAAAGUUGGCCUUCAGGCUCAGCCGGUACCCGACGAAACUGUGAAGAAGAUCCUCGGCAACCGUGCCACCUUCAGCCCCAUCGUGACGGUGGAGCCCAGACGGAGGAAGUUCCACAAGCCCAUCACCAUGACCAUCCCAGUCCCGCCGCUUUCGGGCGAGGGCCUUUCCAACGGCUACAAAGGAGACUGCACACCUUGCCUCCGCCUUCUCUGCAGCAUCACAGGUGGAACGUCGCCGGCACAGUGGGAAGACAUCACCGGCACGACUCCCCUCACCUUUGUCAACGACUGCGUGUCUUUCACAACCAACGUUUCAGCACGGUUCUGGCUGGCCGACUGCCACCAAAUCCCGGAGACGGUGGGCUUGGCCUCGCAGUUAUACCGGGAGCUAAUCUGCGUGCCCUACAUGGCCAAGUUUGUUGUCUUUGCCAAAAUGAACGACCCGGUGGAGUCCAGGCUGAGGUGCUUCUGUAUGACCGACGACAAAGUGGACAAGACCCUGGAGCAGCAGGAGAACUUUGAGGAGGUGGCCAGGAGCAAAGACAUUGAGGUCCUGGAGGGUCGUCCCAUUUAUGUGGAUUGCUACGGAAACUUGACCCCUCUGACCAAAAGCGGUCAGCAGUUAGUUCUCAACUUCUACGCUUUCAAAGAAAACCGCUUGCCGUUCUGCGUCAAGGUUCGAGACCCCAGCCAGGAGCCGUGCGGCCGUCUCACCUUUCUCAAAGAGUGUAAGAGCACAAAAGGCCUGCCGCAAACGGCAGUGUGCAACUUGAACAUCACGUUACCCGCCGCCAAAAAGGAAAUGGAGUCAGAUGGCGAGGAUGAGACUGAAAAGCCCGAGCGACGUCAUACCUUUGCCUCACUAGCCUUACGUAAGCGCUACAGCUAUCUGGCCGAGCCUGCACUGAAAACAGCAGUUGAGAGAAGCACACCAGCCGCAAGAGCACUGCCUGCUGGUCACCCUCACAAACCUGUCUUUCCAACCAGACCUUACCCCCCAUGGUCAACUGCUCCUCUUACCGCCUCUGGCCAAGCGAAACUCGGCGGAAUGGGCGGUCCCGUCAUCGCUGCCGAUGCACCAGCCAACUCAGCAGCUGCUUCUCCAUUGAAAUCGUCCUGGCCCUUCUCCCCAACACCUGCAUGUUCUCCAAUUGGAGCCAGCAUGGGAUCUCCAUUGCAAGCAACCAACCUACCAUCCCACGACAUCCUCCCUUCGUCCCCUGUGAGGUCUUACAGGACUAUACCAUCGCCCAUUAAAACUGUUAUCCAGCAGGGUCAGUAUCCUGUCCAGGCUUCCCCCGCCUUUGUUUCUUCUGGAAGUCCAUAUAAAUCUGCAACAGAACCUGCUUCUAUCAAAAGUCCUUACACGUCAAGAACCUCCCCAGUUCACGCCAUACCCAACGGUUACGUACCGGCCAAGUCCACAACUACUCCCGUCUCACCAAAGAAACCGUACAGCAUCUACAGUUCGAGUAUGCCUUUUAAAAUAGACACAGCAAGUCCUGCCUCUGCUAAAAGCCUCUCCACCCUGUCGUCUUUGAAGACCUCUUCUGAUUCAGCCCUGUCAACACGAGGAGGGAAAACCUCUUUGUCAUCUUUGACCUCGACCGGAAAGACAACCAUCGCAUCGUCGGAAUUGUCCAUGGUGAAUGGGAACGUUUCGCCUGUCAAAUAUGCCUCGUCCUCAUCUACGCCCUCCUCACCUUCUUCUCGGCUCCUAUCGGAGAGAAGCCUCCAGGAGAGGAUUCAAGCCACCACCCAGGCAGCCACAUCUGGCAUCAGUGCCGCCAUUAAUGAAGCCAUUGACUCUUAUUCCGCAACAGGCUAUGGCACACUUAAAUCACGGUCAUCCCCUCUUCGAUCUGCUCCAGCAAGUUCUGCUUACAGUUCUCUGAGAUCUACCGCCGCCUCCUCAGUACCUGCAGUGACCUCAAACACAGUGACCGUACCUGUCUACUCGUUGGUUAGCGUCAUGCCAGAGACCCCCGUUAAACCAGGACCAGGCUCUCUCAAAAUGGCGCUUCCCGAUUCCCUUCGCACCUCCCCCUCUUCCUCCAUGUCGUCGUGCGUUACAGCCUCCAAAAUUAACUCCCAGUUGAAAUCGCCUCCCUACAUCACGCCGCCCAUCGUCCACACUGCCGCCACCUCCAACCAGGAGAUAUUAAAAGAUGUAGCAGACAUGAAAGAAGACCUGAUGAGAAUGACAGCCAUCUUACAGACAGACCCACAGACGGCUGCCAAAACGGUCCAAACGUCACGCAUAAGCACUCCUCGUGAGACCAAGUUAGAGGACGAUGAGCCGUACACGCUUGUUGAGAAAGUGAAGAAAGAUUUAGUGAAGGUGAGCGAGAUCCUACAAAAGGACAUUGGGAAUGAAAGUAAAGAGAAUGUAGAGGAUGGGUGGGAGGAAUUCUCUGUAGAUGAGAUUGAGGAGGCCCGAAGAAACGUUCUCUCUGACGAGAGCUCACGUCUACUUAAGCACCAGUCGAACAAUGACCUCGAUUUAGCUAAAGUGGUCGACUAUUUAACUAACACUAUUGGGGCUAGCUCUCUCUCUAAAAUGGCAGAGUUGAAGGGCAGGUACGAGGAGACGGAAGGGGAAGAGAAACAAAAACGCAUUCUGAAGCCUUCCAUGACUAUACAGGAGCACAAAUUAAAAAUGCCUCCGCCGGUGUCUGGCAUGCUCAGGUCUCCGUCCGAGAAAGACCUAAGCAAACUAGCCGAGGCUUAUCCAGGGGGUGACACCAUUCUCGAAUCCCCAGAGGAGCUGUCUCAUGAGCAGGAUAAGAGUCCGCUAUCUGACAGCGGUUUUGAGACUAGAAGUGAAAAGACCCCCUCUGCUCCCCAGAGUGCAGAAAGUACAGAAGCCAAGCCUUUAUUUACUGAUGCUUCCAUCCCUCCCAGUGUGUCUGAGACCAGGUUAGAAGAUCUCUACAGUCAGAGCAUCUCAGAUGAGCCUUUCUUUGUGGAGGAGCCUGUGUCUGCUCUUCCUUCUGCUGAGUCAGGGGCAGCUUCAGGAAGCUCAGUCGCCCCCAUCCAAAUGACAGAUGAGGACUCAAUGAGCAUGUGUCUUAAAGAAGAAACACAUAUUACCACGACAACCAGAAUGGUCUAUCAUAAGCCUGACACCACAGAGGGGAUUGAGGAAGGCAUGUCAGUGCGAGACAUCAUGAAAGCCUUCCAGUCUGGUCGGGACCCGUCCAAAGAACUGGCGGGCCUGUUUGAGCAUAAAGCUAACCAAGACUCGGUCAAAGGCGACGAGCUGUCGCCGAGAUUUCUCGACAGGGACAAUAAAUCCAAACCCAAAGUCGAGCGGAUAAUCGAGGUACAUAUUGAGAAAGGUCACUGCACAUCCGAGCCCACAGAAGUUUAUAUCAGGGAAACGAAGAAACAUCCUGAGCUGUACGUCUAUAAAGGGGAGUCUAUAAAGGAACUGCUUGAUUAUGAUGAGAGCCAACAGGAAGAGGAGGAACUGAUUGCUGAAGAAUACCUGCCCCAUUUUCUGGAAACAUCUCGUGUUAAUACACCGGUUUCGCAGGAAGAGGACAGUCGGCCGAGCUCUGCUCAACUCAUAGCUGAUGAUUCCUACAAAGCCCUAAAACUGCUGAGUCAGCAUUCCAUAGAAUACUGUGACGAUGAGCUAUCUGAGGUCAGAGGCGAGUCCUACAGGUUUGCUGAAAAAAUGCUCCAUUCCGAAAAACUCGACUCAUCCUCGACACGUCAAUCAGACGAUUCAGAAGAUUCGGCAAUGAAGACUGACAGGAACCAAACAUCUGAGCAGCAAGACAGUCCUAAAAGGGAGUUUGUAUCCAAGUCCUCAAAAGAUGGCUCCCCGAAAGCAGGAACAUUUAUGCAAAGAGACGAAUCACCCCAGUUUGAUAAAGUUACAGUGCUCCAUUAUUCAACUGAACAAGGUAGCCCCAAACAUGCAGUCUGGAUGAGAUUUACUGAGGAUAAACAUGACAGGAGCAGGGACAAGCUCCUCUAUGAGGACAGGGUUGAUCAAACUGUAAAAGAAGCGGAAGAAAAACUCUGUGAGGUUUCCCAAUUUUUCCGUGAUAAAACAGAAAAGCUAAACGAUGAACUUCAGUCACCUGAAAGAAAGCCCGUCCGACGAGAACUCAAAGAGCCCAGGUCCUGGCCGAGCUCAGCAUGCAGCAGCCCUCAAAAAACUAAGGCGGGGGAUGAAACGUUCAGUAAAACCAAACUCGCGGAUCCUUCCGUUACUAAAACAUUUGGUCGAGUUUUACCUGCUGAAAAGAAAAGUUCUAGCUUGCCAAGUAGUCCUCAGAAAAGCCAACAAUCUAAGACCUGUGAGUCUGAGCCCUCCUCUCCUUCCCACAUAAAAUCAACAUCCAAAGUUACUUCUGUGAGGAUGAAGUUUGAAUCUGAGUCUCAGAAACAACCCCAGUCUCGGCCAAGCAAAACACCCCCUCCGGUUCAACCAAAACCUUCUGUAAAGAAAUUACAGGAAAGCAAACUCCCAGUUUACCAUUUUUUUACAGAUCAAAAAACAUCAAAAGUUACUGAAACAUCACAGGAGGAAAGAAUCCAAAAUAAUAAUGAAGACGCAGCAGAUAGCGCUUUGACGUCACCCAAGUCCCCAAAACUGUUUUCAAACAAAAACGUCCCUAAUGUGUCACCACAAAAAACAUUUUCGGAGAUAAAUAGCGACGCUAACAAAGUCACAACAGACGUUUCAAGAAUAGAUAGCGACGACGUAAUAAAUAAAAACUUAAGAAAAAAGUCUGAUACUCAAAUUCCUAUAAGAACCACAUUCAAUUCUAAUGACAAUGACCCGCCUAAGAAAUAUCCGGUAACAAAACCUUCACAGAUUCCCACGUUAUCUAAAAAUAAAAGCCUCGGGGCAAGCGCCACCCUACCAAAUGAAAAUGUUACAUUUGAAAUCCUUGAUAACAUCCCCAAAGAUUCAAAUUCGAAUAACUUACUCUGUUCCAAAGACAUUCUGGAAGAAGUCAUAACGCCUCCAGCUGCCGCAGCAACCAAAGAAAAUUUCAAAGGCAUUAAAAGGCUACCUGUUUAUGUUAGUCUUCAGGUUGGCCGCCAGGCUGAAAGGGAGGCCAAAGGGGGGCUGCAUGCUGUGAAACAAAAGUCAGUUUCUGGACUUGGUCCCCUCAGCCCAGAUGAUGACACCCUAGAACAGAUAUCCUUCAUAGAUAGCUCAGGGAAAAGCCCCGUUACGCCAGACACCCCCAGCUCUGAAGAGGUCAGCUAUGACCUCACCGCCAAGACCCCUGAUGGCUUUAUGGAAUUGAUGCCAGAUAAACCCAGCCCAAUCAUGGAGGUACCUGAGGAAUUGGAACAAGAUGACCAAGGAAAAGCCAUCAUCUCUUUUCAAAAGACCACACCUGGAAUCCAAACUAGCAUCAGUGCUGACUUAGCUAAUGCUAACAUGCAGGAAGCGCUAAUGACUGAUAACUAUCCGAGAUUAGAGAAUAGCUCCAUCCUUAAUGGAUAUGAUGAGAAAGCUGGACAGGAGACCUCUAAAGACAAAGGUGUUGCAUACAUUGAAUUUCCUCCUCCACCGCCGUUGGACCUCUCAGAGACUUCUGAUCCAGACAGAAAAGGUUCUUGUGCUUCGUCAGAAACUGAGACAGAAAUGAUGGAGGUGAAUUUACAGGAAGAACAGGAGAAGAUGCUGAUUGAACCAAUAAUACGUAUUCAGCCCCCCUCCCCAGUGCCGCCUGAGGUGGACGACAGUCAGUCCAAUGGGGACGAUGACGCUGAUGAAGAGUCAGUCUUUCACCCGAUUCCCUCCAAGAAAUUUACUUUCAAAGCUCCUCGGGAAGAGGAUCAACAGAGGAGGGAGAAGGAAAACCAGAAAAAACAUGACAAAAAUGGAAACAACAAUGAACCUCUGAUUGGAAUCAACGGUUCUAACGGUUCCAAUGGUUCCAACGGCAACGGGGAGGACUAUGAAUGUGAACAAAACGGAAACGACCAGUCCAUAACGGACUGUUCGCUAGCCACAACAGCUGAAUUUUCUCACGACACUGAUGCCACAGAGAUAGACUCCCUAGAUGGGUACGACCUUCAAGAUGAGGACGAUGGUAUGUACGAACAAGCCGACUUGAAAUCCUUAGCCGGUCUGGACAGCAGGCGAGAUGUCUGGGCGACGGACUCUUUCAGGCCCUUAGACCGCUCUUUUCCUCAAACUAAACUAGAAGUUAUUGAAGAGGAGAAAACCCCAGAAGAAUGUCUGAAGGACCAGAAAGACAUAGCAUCAGAUGGUGGGAAUGAUGUUCCAAAAGACAGCGUUGAUAUGAAUGGACAGAAACUUUCAGCUAAAGAGGGAUUUUCAGAAACAUACUUUAGCUAUAAGUUAGAAGAGGAGUUCAAUUCACCAUUUAAGACUGUUGCGACCAAAGGGUUGGACUUUGACCCCUGGCCGAGUAAAGGCGCUGAAGAAGAUAUCGUCGACAUGGGAGGAACGCAGGCCAGCAACGGUGAGCCAAAGCCUUUCGGACGAGCCGUCGACGAGCAAUCUCAAGCCACCACGCCUGACAGCACCCCUGCUCGCACGCCGACGGACGAUAGCACGCCGACGAGUGAGCCCAACCCCUUCCCGUUCCACGAGGGAAAGAUGUUUGAGAUGACGCGCAGUGGUGCGAUUGACAUGAGCAAGAGGGACAUGGUGGAGGAGAGGCUCCAGUUUUUUCAAAUUGGUCCUCAGAGUCCCUGCGAGAGAACGGACCUCCGCAUGGCCAUUGUCGCUGACCAUCUGGGACUCAGCUGGACGGAGCUGGCCCGGGAGCUGGACUUCUCAGUGGAGGAGAUCAACUCUAUCCGAGUGGAGAACCCAAACUCCCUGACGGCGCAGAGCUUCAUGCUGCUAAAAAAAUGGGUGCACAGGGACGGUAAAAACGCCACAACGGACACUUUAACGGCGGUGCUGAAUAAGAUCAAUCGCUUGGAUAUUGUGACUUUGCUGGAAGGGCCCAUAUUUGACUACGGUAACAUUUCAGGCACUCGCUGCUUUGCCGAUGAUAACGCAGUAAUCCCGGAUCAGUGCGAUGGAUACCACCAAAUAGACGCGGAGCUGCGAACCCCCCCUGAGCUCAACUGCGCUCCCCCCACCCCGCUGUGCUCCGACGACUUUUUCCGCAAAGGCGGCGAUGGCGUAGUAGACUCCCCUAGCAGGCCUAGCGAGCUCUCCCUGGUGGGCAACCCCCCCUUGGUGCGCGUGGAGGACACCAGCGAGUCGCCCGACAACGACAGAAGGGCGGCUCAGCGGCGAACCAUGUUUGAGGGCGCUUACGCCCCCUAUGAGAGGCAAGGAGGGUGCCCGGAAGAGGAGGAUGAGAUGACCCAGGAGAGGCUGCAGAGUCUCCUGGAGGACAUCAAACUGGAGGGGGAAGGCCUGGAGGACGAGGAGAUGACGGAGGAGAAGGUGCAUGCCAUCCUGGAGCAAGUGCGGCAGGCAGAAAAAGACUUUUGCUCACUUCCAGGCUGGAGCGAAAGCGACGCGGUAGCCGCUGUAGAUGAAGCGACGGCGGAGCCCGGCCACGCCGUCGAGGAGGGCAGUCCUGAUAGUCUGGUCGACUCGUUGGAACAGCCGGCUCCGAGCAGCAAGAAAGAGGAAGAGGAGCAAGGAGGCGACCGGUCGGCUCGUAGAGUCCAGUGGGCGCAAAAUGUCCAGUGUGAGCAUGUCUUUGAUGAUGAGGAGGAGGAAGUGGAGGAAGAGUUGGAAGCAGAAGAGUCCAGCUCUGAGGAGACCACUGUAACCACAAGGGUGUUUCGCAGGCGGGUUAUAUUGAAGGGAGAGGAGGCUCGGAAUGUUCCCGGAGAGUCGGUGACAGAGGAGCAGUUCACUGACAGCGACGGCAAUCUGGUCACUCGAAAAGUGAUCAGAAAGGUGGUGCGCCGCGUGGUUGGCUCAGAGCAAAAGGACGAGGUUGGCGAGGAAGCGGGUGCCGUUGUUGCCGUAGCGCCGAGCGGCGGCGCCGUAGUGGGGAAGGGCAAGAGGCGGGGCAAACGUUCCCGGCAGGGCCACAAGGGAAAGAAGAGUCACUCGUAACGGCAGCGCCUCCCAAAGCACCCUGGUCCGCUGCCAGUGAUGUCACCACUCACUCACCCACCACACUCGAGCUUGGAGGGAAAACGAACAAAACGGGUGGCGUCCGGUCAUGUACAACAAUGGCACGAUUUGUUUUUUUGUUUCUUUACACCCAAGCAGGACAAAACUUUUUCAGUUUGGCAUGAGCGAGCAUGUCGACACACCCGAAGAACCUUUUUCCGGACUGACGGGAGAGACCAAAAACGGGAUGCUCACGGAUGCUCUCAUCUUGACCAGCGGGACGCCUUACUUGGUCACGUUUCCACCUGGAACCUGACGGUGUGGUGAUGAAUUUUUUUUUUAUUUUUAAACACCGGAUGAAACAAUCGCUUCACAAACUCGUUUAUGCACCGAUAGGAAGCUUGGACUCGACGAAAAACAAGUGUGUGUGGCAAGGAGACUUCUCUGCUGUGUGUGUGUGUGUGUGUGCGCGUGGACCGCAUGUGAGGCCACUGUGUUUUUUUGUUUUUUUUAAUUCAUCUUUAAUUCUCUCCCCUCGCUUAAUCUGAAGCACUGGAACACAUUCGGAGCGGCUGCAACAAUGAGCACAUACUUUGUCUUUGCAAUAAUGAUGAUGAGAAAAAUAAUAAUGCAAAGCUUCUUUCUUGCGCUUUUUUUAUUAUUCGGAUUAUCCACCCAUCCAUUUUGCAUAGCACGCUCGUUUGGGUAACUGGAGCUUAUCAACGCUGACUUUUGGGGAGAGAGGCGGAGGUACACCCUGGAUCGGUCGCCGGGCACAUGUCGACAAGUAUUCACACUCAUAUGGACAAUUUCAAGUGUUCAAUGAAGCUAACAUGCAUGUUUUUUUUUGGAAUGUGGGAGGAAGUACAUGCAAACUUCAGAACUGUGAGGCAGUCAUGCUUACCACUAGGACACCGUGCUGCCCGACAUGAAUUUUUAUUUAACUAACACAAAAAGAGAUAAUCACAUUUUUACCUGCAUACUCCAAAUGUAUGUCUUUUUACUGGUACUUUAACACUGUUUAAAAAAAACAAUCAUCUUUACGUUCCUGCGUGAAGCUUUUAUUGUUUUUUUUUUUAAAACUGCAUUCGAAAAGCAUCUUUAACCUUCCCUGAUGAUUGAUAAAUCGACAUGUAUGACACCAUCACCAACAUAGCCUACACUGGAUGAUCCCGAGACAUUAUUUAAGCAGAACAAAAAUAAAUUGUGUUCAAAAUGGAAA